AUGACAAAUGCAACUAAUCCAAGGGAUACAAUAUCAGAACCAUCGUACCGCUCAUUUAUUUCAAUCGAGCUUCCUUUUUGUUUACCACGCAGCAUCUCCCCAGAGGAGGUCAAUGAAAAUCAGCGUGAGGUGGAAGCGUUCAUUCCUCCUUCCUUUCUAGUACCAUGUCUGCAUUGCGCACCGCCAACACCAAAGCUUCAUGUCAGCAAAAGCAACAUUAUGAGUCACAGCAACCAGAAAGUCGAAGUGGCAAACGGUCAAAGAAACUCAGCUCUUCCGCAAGCUCAUGCAGAAUGUUUCGGAACGAAGUAUGUGGAAGGAAAUGCCAAUCGUAACGAGAAGUCUGUGCAAGGCAUAAAUCUGAAGAUUGGGGAUCCAGACGAGUACAAGUGUGAUCCCGUUUUUAGUGGCUGGCGGAGUACCAAUUGGGGAAGCCCUAUUAGUGCCCCUGGGUCUAGCGAAACGACUGACAAACAGGGUAGUGAUUCUGGCACAUCCUAUGCACGCCUUCAUCGUCUGGAUGUGUUUCCUUCACUUGAGCCGCAGCUGUUGUUGCAUGGGUAUCACCGCAACGAUUUACUCGUGCGCCUCACGCGACAGAAGCGUGUUCGACGGUAUCGGAACGCCACAACAGGCGAAAUCGAGCGCGAAGAAGAAUUGCCGUGGUCAGACAGCAAUGCUGAGGAAGGUGGGGGGAUGACUCCACAAAAUCGUUGGGAGCGUCGUGCCCGCGCCGACGUCGUGGGCGUGGUUUCUCGAGAAGUGACCUUACCACGCCCUGCAGACUUCACCUUUUCGCUUUUUACAACAGAGCAGCAGAAACAAGCGCCCAUGCUUUGCAGUGGGGAUAUAUUCCCACCAUCGCGCUACAUCGGGGCCAAAGCGCGUUCCGAAGUGCCAUACUUCAUGGGACAACGCGUCAAUCGCACCGUCAUGCCAACUUCGUAUAAAAUUCAACAACCCGGCGCGGGAGUUGCAGAUGAAUCUAUUCUCGAAGACGCAAGGAACUUUUCUAUGGUGCUCAAUGUGCUUGUGCAACCUGAUGACCCGAACCUACCGCCAGAGCAGUCUGUCGCGCAGAGACAGUAUCUCGCGGAAAUCAAGUGCUCGCCAACAGGGUUGUCCGAAGAGGACCCUGCCGAAGUGCGAGUAAUUGCAACCAUACUUCAGCAUCGACCUGCAUGGAUGAUUAAGGAUUUGAUGGCAGCAGUCCUAAAAACUGGUCGAUGUCCGCGUAUGUAUUUUAACAAGCAAGUUAUCCUUGCGUUAACAUACAACAUUACCACCGGUCCCUUCCACCGUCUUCGGGUGCGUCUGGGGUUCAAUCCUUAUGCCUCUGCGAAGAGCGUUAUUUAUCAGCGUUUCUCACUCCGCUUCUUGCGUCGCUCUGAAAUAGGGAUACAGUUGCGAGAUCUGUCGCGCUCGGUUCAUAUCAAGCAAGCCAUUAAGCAGCUACUGGAUGCCUAUCAAGACAACAUUACUGAGUACGAAAAGCAGGAGCAGAAAGUCGUCAAGUCAACCUUGGUGGAACAGAUGUGUCAUAUAGUGUCCACUGGUCUGCUUUGGGCGCCGUUUCAGCUCAUCGAUGUCAUGGACGACGCAGCUGUUCGGGAGAUCGCGCUACACAACAUGAGUGAAGAAAAUAUGCCUCUAGAGAGGCGUCAGAACCGCCACGGUUGGCUGAAUGAGUCCUCAUUCCUCCAUAUUACGAACCUCUUUACUGACAGGCUCAAUACUUUUAUGAAUAACGAGGUUAUCCCACUUCUACGCAAACUCAGCGGCGGGCAUGUGCAGUUGCCACACGACGAUGAUGAAAACGAAAGCGGCGAGGAAGUGAAUCAAGGUGAUGACAGCAGCAGCAAUGAGCAAAAAAAUAUUAAUGGCAGCAGCAUAAAUUCUUCAUUCUCACGAUCAUCCCUUUCAGAGACCGAUGAAGACGAUGAUAAGGAUGAAUAG